AUGUCGACUACGGUUAUCAUGACCAAUGUGAACAAUCUUGAUAAUUAUUCUUCUGCAUUAAGAAGAAACCAACAUAAACUAUAUGAAAAUAUUAAAUUAUCCCCAUCUCCUUUAUUUCAUCAACAAGAAGACCAAAGAAUUUAUGUUGAUGAAGAGCUUGGUUAUAACAUUUAUAAAAACAAAAUCAAACAUGACACUGAAAUCAAUGACGAUGAUAAAGAAAUCGAGAUAAAAGUUGAUGAUACCGACGACAAAGAUCUAGGCUUCGAACCAGUCCUUGUACCAAAUGAUACAAAAGCUCAAACAGUAACUAAUCUUUUAGAAUCAACAAAACCCGUGUCAGCCGUACCGAAUGUUUCAAGAAUGCUUCCUGAUACUGAUGUCCGGCUUCCCUCCUAUGCAUUACCAUGUGCAAAGAAACCUCCAAGACCACCAAAUGCCUUUAUUCUCUACAGAAGAGCAAAACAACCGGCAAUAGUAGCUAAAAAUGUUGGGAUCUCUAAUAAUGAUGUAUCCAAGGAAAUUGGAAAAAUGUGGCAUGAGGAGCCGGUGGAAAUUAGACUCAAGUAUCAGAAGAUGGCCGAGGCCGCAAAAGAAGAACACACAAAGAAAUACCCAGAGUAUAGGUAUCGUCCAAGAAGGCCACAAGAAAGAAAGCGUCGUUUAUUAACUCGUGGAAAAGAUAAUGUCGAAGGAAGCGAAGUUGGAGGAAAGGCUGCAAAACGUCUUAGAAGAAGCUCUGCUUAUGUUCUGGCUCAACGUCAAACACAAUAUAAGCAACUACAAUUAUGA